GAGGGGGGGCAGCGCCGGCCCUGGCUGGAGAAGGCCCCAGCGCUGCCCGGGGGGGGGACGUGCGGUGUGACGAGGAGACCAGCUGUCCCGACGGGAACACGUGCUGCCGGCUGAGCUCGGGGACAUGGGGGUGCUGCCCGCUGGAGGACGCCGUCUGCUGCCCCGACCACGUGCACUGCUGUCCCCAGGGCUACACGUGUGACCCGGAGGGGGGCAGCUGCCUGCAGGAGGGGGGGCAGCGCCGGCCCUGGCUGGAGAAGACCCCGGCGCUGGCCCGGGGGGGGGACGUGCGGUGUGACGAGGAGACCAGCUGUCCCGACGGGAACACGUGCUGCCGGCUGAGCUCGGGGGCCUGGGGGUGCUGCCCGCUGGAGGACGCUGUCUGCUGCCCCGACCACGUGCACUGCUGUCCCCAGGGCUACACGUGUGACCCGGAGGGGGGCAGCUGCCUGCAGGAGGGGGGGCAGCGCCGGCCCUGGCUGGAGAAGACCCCGGCGCUGGCCCGGGGGGGGGGCGUGCGGUGUGACGAGGAGACCAGCUGUCCCGACGGGAACACGUGCUGCCGGCUGAGCUCGGGGGCCUGGGGGUGCUGCCCGCUGGAGGACGUAGGCAGGGGGUCCCCGUGUGGGGACAGGGACGUGCUGGGGUCCCCGGUGGGGAGGGGGGUCACGGGGGUGCACCCAGGGGAGGGGGGUCACCAGGGUGACCUUGUUGAGGGGGAUGUGGGUUGA